CCACCCGAACAAGGAGCAACGACAUGAGUGCUUCUCUCGAACAGAAAAAGGAAAAGGCCGAGAAUAGGAGCUAGGGUUUGAAUCGCCAUCUCCCUGGACAAGGGGAUGCGAUGGGGGCGGGAGGGGCGUGGGCCAAGGGGCCGCCCGCGGCGGAGCGCUGUGCCAGGCGCGGCGGCAGGGGACCCGUGGAGGACGGGGCGCGCGUGCAGUGGGUGUUCGUCAGCUGCCCCGGGGUGGGCAAGGCCACCUACGCCGGCCGCCUAUCGCGGCUCCACGGCGUGCCCCACAUCAACACCGGAGCUCUCCUCCGAAAGCCCCCUCUGCAGCGCGCCGCCACCAUCAGCCCCACCCACCGCGCGCCGCCACCAUCAGCCCCCGCCGUCGGCCAACCCCCCGCCGUGGAGCGCCGCCACCGCCUACCCUCCUCCCAUCGGGACCCCCCUGGAUCCAAAAAUCCAUCCACCCAGUCCUCGCCGCGAUUUCUAAAUCGAACCUACCGGCAGCCGGCGUACUGGCGGGGUGUGGGGAGAGAUCCAGAUGGUGACGGCGGACCAGAGGUCGGAGGCAGCGAGGUCCGACAGAGAAGGGCGAGGUGCGGCAGAGGAGGCGAGGGGUGGGCUGGUGUUGGCGACGAACAGCGGCUGGGUCGGGCGCUCGGUGAGGCAGAGGCGCGGGGGCACAGCUGCGCAGGGAGGCUGCCACCGCCGAGACAACCCCUCAGCACGCCAAUGCCCGCGGGCCACAGACGCGGCGGCCUUGACAUCUCAUCGAUGACGCACAUCGGCGUGCUGCUUGAGCGUGAGGGCAAGGAAAACAUCGAGCAAGCGGUCAUCCGGAAGGCGGCGGCGCAGAGCCUCGUGGAGCAUGCAGAGGAGGAGAUGCAUCUGAAACGCCUUACCAUGAGCAGACUGCCGAAAUUCUUCAUAGAGGCCUCCACUGACUGACAGAGGUAAAGGCAACCGCUGCUAACUGCUCUGCCACAGGGGUGAAGCCAGUAGUCAAUGGGUCAUCUCCGUACUCCAGGUUCAGCACUAAUUACUGUUUGGUUAAUGUGGUAUUGCCGAAAACAAUAGUACCAAGCACCAACACAAUCACCUGAGUAUAUCACAUGGGUAUAGUACUGAUUACUAUUUGAUUACCAUUAUACAGGUUUUGAAGGUAAGACAUUCAAAGUCGGGCUGUAAACUCACUGGGGUCGUUUCUUAUCAUCAAUGGGGACUGCAUGUUUUGAACGGACCAUAUUUAUCCCAUAUCUAAUAGUUCUGAUGGCAAAUAGACACUGCUUUACUUUUAACUUUUUCGUAUGGGUGUGUCCUUUUAUUAAGUUAGGAAAUUGGGAUAUAUGUUGGUUUUGCAUUUGUGACACAGUAAAAGUUGUACUUGCUAAUGAUACCAGGUGGCAUCUUGAGAAUGUGUUAUUUUCUUGAAAUAAUCACCAUUGUUUUCUCACUUGGUCUUUAUCUUAAAAGAUGGAGCACAUAUUGGCAUACACUAGAACAUUGUAACAGGAUAGUGAGGCGAAGAUGUUGAUGCAGUAAUGCACGCGGACACGGCAAGGACGAGAAGCGGGGCUGCUUGGACACACCGGCGUGAAUACGUGUUGAUGCAAUCCUACACGCCGGAGUUGUAGGCGGACACGGCAAGGACGAUGCUGGGCUGCUCGGACACAACGGCGUGAAGACGUGUUCAUGCAAUCCUGCACGCCGGAGUUGUAGGCGGACACGGCGGCGAAUAUAUUUUUUUUCGAGGGGCGGCGAGGACAUGUUGAUGCAGUACUGUACGCCCGAGUUUCGUAGGAUGUUGUGGCAUUGACCCACCAUCAACCCAUGUACAAACUUUGGUUUGCUGCCUAAACAAGCACGUACUACAAGAAUGGUCUAGAUACAACUUCUAAUCA